AUGACUCCGAAUGAUUCUCUGGUGCGGCUUCAGGCAUCCCCAGAUGAUGGAAAUACAACUAAAGGAGCUCCAGCCACCGGUGGAACUGUGAUGUCAUCCGUGAACAUCACGACCGCCGAUACAACGGUCGUCAACGCAUUUGAAGUUAAGGGAUCUCCGAUUGAAUUGAAACCUGGAAUGCAAUGUUAUGUUAUAAGGAAAACAACCUCUUUUAGAAUGAAAAAGAAUUUCCCUUGUGGCCUUUUACAGGCUUACGUUGAUAAAUCUUUUAAAAGAAGUUCUGAUUUUAACGCGGAGAGUACGAGUAUACGAGCAGCGUUGAACAGCAGUGGAAAUGACAUUGAGCGCAACUAUCGAAUGAGUUGGGGUAAUUCUUCUGGACAACAUACGAAUAGCGAUCUGAAUCGUGGACAUUUUUCCAGCUGGCAUCGCCCACGUGUCUGUAUAGGAGGAAGGCACUGCACGGGAGGUAGACGACGACUAUGGCAUGCAACCACACGCGGCUAUAAUCGCUCUUGUUUAUGUGAUUGGUACCAACAACAAACAAGUAGCAACCAGAGCUGUCAGUUAUGGUCAAACUACUGUUACUAUCCUCCGCAACAAAUUCUUUACACGUCGCCUCGAGGCGGGCCACAAAUAAACUACCCUAUAUACCGUGGACCCUUUCCUUUAUCUGUUAAUAGAUACAAAGAAUCCGGGAGCAAGUACAGUACGUUGUUAGCUGGAUUAGCAUUGUUUGACCUCGGAGUUAACGUUUAUGCAAUAUGCAAUGUUUCCAGCAUUGCAUACUUGCCCCCUAAAAGCUACAUGCCACUGAACGAAGUGUGUUUAUUCGGUAUCCAUAAAUAUAACGGAGACUUCGAAGAAACGAAGAUAGACUGUCGUGAUACGAUAAGUGGAAUUAUGACCGCCGAACAGAUUAAGCAAAUAAUUACAAUGAACACGACUACCGGAGCAAAUACUACUUUUGAUAACACAACUAAAGCUGAGGACAUGCUAAUGUACAUGUACAAAUUCUCGACAUUCAACUUUUCUGAUACGACGAGUGAGGAAGUUUCGGUUUCUGAUGGGAGUGCGACGUCAACGGUUAUGUCAAUUACUAAUACGAGUAACGAUACGCAGUCACCAGCGUCAAAUACUACAGUAGAGACGUCAUCGCCACCAGUGUCAGAAACGACAACCAAUAAGCCGGUCCUUCAAGCAGUAGACGUUAAGGGAAAACCAAUCGAGGUGACAUCCGAAAUGGAGUGUUAUGUCAAAAGGAUGAUAACAUCCAGUUCCGGAAUUAAAAUAGAAUUUCCAUGUGGCGUUUUACAGAUUUAUGCUGAGUCCAUGAAACCUAAGUAUGUGCUCAACGAGAGUACAAAUACACAAGCAACGUUGAAUGCUAGUGCAAAUGGCAAUGGCAGUGGAAAUAACUUUUUUAGUGGCGGCUGA